AUGUCCUUCGUCUCCGUCACGCCCUGUGUGCGGCUCAAGCAGCCACGGUCGGGGCUGCUGCAGUCCUCAAUCAUCAGCUGCUACGUGAUGUACCUCACCUUCUCCCCCCCCUGCCGGAGUGCGAGCCCGUCUCACCUCCGCCUCCCCGCAGUGCUCUACAAGGGGCAGAACCUCACCGUCUGCUUCCCGGGCGUCCGGCAGGACGAGCUGCAGACGGAGGACACCACCGUCGCCAUCCUGGGCGCUGCCAUCAUGUACGCCUGCGUGCUCUUCGCAUGUAAUGAAGCCUCCUACCUCGCUGAGGUCUUUGGGCCGCUCUGGAUGGUCAAAGUCUACAGCUUCGAGUUUAAAGUGAGCGCAGAGCCAACGUGUGAGCAAGUGGACGAGACCGAUGGGGGACAGUGCCUCGUCCAGGACGAGCAAGACCGGGUGGUCUACAGCUACUCAGCCUUCCACUUCGUCUUCUUCCUCGCCUCACUCUACGUCAUGAUGACCCUCACCAACUGGUUCAG